AUGUUUUCCCGUGCUUUGUUUCAGUCUAGACAGUCUUUGUUGCAAAGACAACAGCCUUUGAAGAUCGCUGUGAGAACUUUAAGAAACUUCAAACAGGAGGAUCAACCAAGAUUGAGAAUCAAUACUGUAGUCCCAAACUUUGAUGCAGAGACCACCAAGGGUAAGAUCAACUUCCAUGACUAUUUGGGUGAUUCCUGGGGUGUUUUCUUCUCACACCCAGCUGACUUCACACCAGUUUGUACGACUGAAUUGGGUGCUUUCUCUAAAUUGAAGCCAGAAUUUGAUAAGCGCGGUGUUAAGUUGAUUGGGCUGUCUGCUGAGGAUGUCGAAUCACACAAGAAAUGGAUCAAGGAUAUUGAGGAAGUCAACGGUUUGAACAAGUUCGAAUUCCCAAUCAUCGCGGACGUGGACAAGGAAAUCGCUUUCCUGUACGAUAUGGUCGAUGAGGAAGGUUUCAAGCAACUUGGGAAAGCUCCAGUGGCCACUAUCAGAUCGGUUUUCAUUAUUGACCCCUCUAAGAAGCUAAGAAUUUCUUUCACAUACCCACCUUCUGUCGGCAGAAACACUUCUGAAGUCUUGAGAGUGAUUGAUGCUUUGCAAAAGGCUGAUGCCAAAGGUGUUGUGACCCCUAUCAACUGGCAAGAGGGGGAGGAUGUUAUUAUCCCACCUACUGUCUCUGAUGCAGAUGCGUCCAAGAAGUUCGGUGACUACAAGACCGUCAAGCCAUACUUGCGUUACACCAAGGCCUGA